GAUCACAGACAGCUUCUACGCAAGUCCUCGUCCUUCUAGCACGAUGGAUAAGGGAAGGUAGGGAAUCUGGAUAGAUAAUAAGUGAAGCAGCCGGAUAGAUAUAACAGAAAUUGAAGAAAGAAGGGCGGUGAGAGACACCUCGCAGUCAAGACGCCUCCUGUGAGAGGAGAGCCGUGAGAGCCCUCGAGGCGGUCAAUCUUGGUUCACCAUCUCGACCUCAGGAUGAGGCUGAAGGCAGCUCUGACCACAUGUCUCCUCCUGGCUUCUGCCUUGGUCUCAACAUCCCACGCAGCAGAUUUAGAAAGCAGCAAGGCGUCUCCGGAAAGCAAGCGUGAAGAGAGAGUGUUCUUUGGACAAGUCGCCGAUUUGGUGGGUCUCAAGGACCCCCCUGUGACGGUCACCCAUCAGGUACAGGUACCUUCAGCACCCAAGGUCGUGUAUGUACAGAAAGUCCAAAAGGCCAAGAAAGUCCCCAAGGUGGUGCAGUCCGUGCAGCGUGUUCAAAAAGUUCAACCAGUUAAGCAAGUGCAAGUGCAGCCGCAAGUGCAAGUUCAACCAGUUCAGGCAGUGGUGCAACCGUCCUAUCAGCAAGUACAACCAGUUCAGGCCGUGGUACAACCGACUUAUCAGCAAGUACAACCAGUUCAAGCAGUGGUACAACCGACCUAUCAGCAAGUACAACCAGUUCAGGCAGUUCAAGCAGUACCAGCUUAUCAACAACCGACCUAUCAGGUACAACAACAGCCAACAUAUCAUGAGAAAAUAGUACAGCCAGUCUACCAACAACAACCGACAUACAACGACCCACCGGCAACAUAUCCAGCAAAACCAGCGCCGCAACCAUAUCCAGAACCACCCCAGCCAACGUACCCGCCUCCGCAGCCAACGUACCCACCACCCCAGCCAACGUACCCGCCACCGCAGCCAACCUAUCCACCACCGCAGCCAAAAUACCCAUCGCAGCCAACGUACCCAGUACCGCCUGUGGUUCAGCCUGGAGAGUGUCAGACGCCGUACGUUCAGGGUGGCUGUCCGUACGAUCAAGUGUGCACCGCAGACUACCGGUGCGUGCCACUGAAGCCGACCGGAUCCCGGUGCAGCAGCGAGUUCGAAUGUCUCUCGGGCAAGUGCCGGGAAAGCCGCUGCGUGCACGACGAGUGUCUUGGGGAAGGCUUCAACUCGGGCUGCCCGGCCGGCCAGGAGUGCGUCCAGACGAGGUCUGGACGUGUCUGUCGGCCUAGAGAUGACUCAUGCAGACCGAAGAUGUCGCCUGGAGGCUGCCCAAGCGGAAGCUACUGCGGCCAGGAGGGCCGCUGUACUGCCCUGCUGGACGUGGAUGCGCCCUGUUGGAGUGGCGUCCAAUGUCUGCACCACGUGUGCCGCGGACACGUCUGUAAACUGGACGCGUGCCCGCAGCUGGACUCGGACCAGGAUUGCCCGGAGGGCCAGUUCUGCUCGUCCAGCCAGCGCGGCAACAUCUGUAUCGACCGUCGCCCUGACGGUGAGGCCUGCUCCAGCGACGCACAGUGCCAGUCGUACCGCUGCGACGGACGUCGAUGCAGUCGAGACACCUGCAAGACCCUACUCUCAAGAGACGGCUGUCCCGACGGCCACAUCUGCCAGCAGGGCCAGCACGGAAACCUCUGCGUCCCCCUACUGGCCCGCGGCGCCUCCUGCAGCUCAGACCGCUCCUGUCUCUCCGACUCCUGCCGCGCGGGACGCUGCUACGAAGACCUCUGCCCCACACCCCUCGACUCCCUCGGCUGCGGGAAAUCUCAAAUCUGCGUCCACACGCUCAUCGGCAACGAGUGCAUGACGAGGCUACCUCUGGGCGCUCAAUGCACCUCAAACCUCCAGUGUCUCACCAACAUCUGUCUCGACAACCACUGCCGCCGACCGCUUGCCCAGAACGGGGACAGGUGCCGAGCGGAUAACGACUGCCUCAGUAGGAACUGCCGCAGGGGUACCUGUCGUCGACCACCCGCACAGGACGGCGACAGAUGUCGUUCCAAUAACAAUUGUUUGAGCGGAAACUGCUUUAAGGGAACGUGCAGUCCGCCAGGAACCGGGGGCGGUGGCAGCAGGUGCCAGUCCAACGAAGAUUGCCUGUUAGGCUUCGUCUGCUCCCAGGGCAUCUGUAGUCAACUGGGCGGUGAUGGUGACUUUUGUCGGGGUAACAGAGAAUGUCAGUUGGGCUUAGUCUGCCUCGAUGGCAUCUGUGGUCCACCCCGCACAGCAGACAGUGAUGGCAGAUUUUGCCAGUUUAACAACGAUUGCCUGAUGGGCUUAGUCUGCAUCAGUGGCAUCUGUAGUGAAACGGGCGGUGAAGGCGCCAUUUGCCAGCUAAACAGCGAUUGUCUAUUGGGCUUCAGCUGCCUCGACGGCCUCUGCGUAGGGGACGGUGAUGGAGGAGGCGACGGCGGUGACGGAGGAACGGUAGACGUUGACACGUUGCUCGGCAUCGGCGAACAAUGCUUCGCGGCCAUCGAGUGUUUCUCGGGACGCUGUGCUGGUGGACAGUGCGCGGAACCUCUUCUCGGCAUCGGCGACGACUGCUCCACGGCAGAAUCUACGCCCUCAAAUGCUCUGUGCCGUAGCAAUGUAUGUGAUGCCACUUCCAUGCUGUGUGUGCGAGGAAGUUUGACUGAGGGCGAUAUAUGUACAGAUGUGCAGCAAUGCGGAGGCACAUGUGAUUUGUCGGAAGGAUUUUGUAAAGGUGGUCCGCCUGCUACGGUAGAGGCAGCUGCGGCUGCCGCCUCUACGGAAUAGGUGAAUGACAGGGCUGAGAGAAAGACGGAUACACAUCACCGCGAGGUUGACAUUGUUGUAACUUUGUGUGGAGAACCAGUAGCUCCAUCGGCUUCCGUUUCUUGGAAAAGAUCUGACAAAACUCUGGCAAUACUCUGUUUCAUGGCAGAUGUUUGACAAAACUGCACGUUCUAUGGAAAACGGUAUCUGUGUGGAUGAUAUUGUUGUAACUGUUUAGAUGAGAUUGUUGUAGCCUGUGUGUUGAGAUGGUGUUUUUGGCGAGAAAAGUGUCUGACAAGAGUACAAGAACGGCGGGACAGGAGGUGUCAGAAGUGGGAAGUGGAGAGAAUGGGACAUGGAAAGAUGAAAUAAUUGAAGAAAAUUGGAAAUAAAAGAUGAAGGAAUUAA